AUGCUUCCAACAAUCUUUGUCGCAACGGCGCUUGCUGGCAUCGUUCGCGCACAAAGUCAAUCCGCAGUUGCUCUCACUCCUUCAACCGACUGGUACGGCGUCGACGGCAACUGGUCAACAGUGAAGUUCCAAGUCGGCACACCGGGACAGUCUGUCAAUGUUCUUGCGAGCACGUCCUUGUCUGAAUUCUGGGCUAUUGGAGCCGGUGGCUGUCUUGCAAAGGAGCCCUUGUGCAACACCGCCAGAGGCAACGUGUUCACCAUUGCCGACUCGAAAUCCUGGAAUCCGUUGGGCGCAUGGCAGCUUGGUCUUGAUUAUCUCGGCUAUGGGGGAAACGGCGACUAUGGACUGGACAAGCUUUCAAGCACGCUUUUGACUGGGGAUGGAAUGAGCAUGGACAACAUUGUGACCGCGUCAAUCAACAGCACCGACUACUAUCUUGGAUAUCUCGGACUCGGCAUCACCAAAGGCAGUUUUGGCAAUCAGGUUGCCGAAUCACCCUUAACGCAAGCGGUCAAGAAUUACGGAUGGAUCCCCAGUUACAGCUACGGCUAUACUGCUGGCGCCUACUAUAUGGGCAUGUCUGGCACGCCAUGCUCUGUCACUCUGGGAGGCUAUGACGCGAGCCGUUUUGUCCCACAUAACAACGAAUUUUCCCUGGAUCCGAGCGAUGGUCUGCCUCACGCCCUGGUCCGUGGCGUCGAAGUUACUGUGCCACAAAGCAAGGAGAUGCCGAGCGGCUGGGAUGCUAAGACGAGAAUCUUGUCCAACAUGUCCACAUCUUUCAGUGCCAUGAUCGACAGCUCAACCCCCUUUCUUUGGCUCCCUGAUGCUAUUUGCGAUGAAUUCGCUAGUGCAUUCAACCUGACCUAUAACAACACCUUCAACCUGUAUACUCUCACCGAUGAGCAGUAUGCCAACUUUAAGGCCGGCGCAUCUUCCUACUCGUUCACCUUCUCCUUUUCUAGCCAUGACAACAGUGACGACUUUGGCCACCCGCUCACCGUACCGGGCGUGGUCAACAUCACAAUCACAGCUGCAGCUUUUGCGCAAGUUUUGCGAUAUCCAUUUCAGAGCGAGACGAUUAAAUAUGGCGAACCUUCAGUGCCUUACUUCCCUCUUCGGAGAGCCUCCAACUUGACCAAUACGUUCAUCAUCGGAAGGUCGUUUCUUCAAGAGGCUUACUUGAUCACCAAGUACGAUACAGGCGUGUUCUCUCUCCACCAGGCCCUGUUCCCGGAUGCUCCUCUGCAAUCCUUUCAGCUGAAGAGUAUUGUGCAGCCUAGCAAUAGCCCUUUCCCACCGCCGGCCCAGGUAAAUUCUCAUACAGGUCUCUCGACAGCGCAAAUGGGUGGCAUUGCGGCAGGCGUGAUCGCCGCUUGCCUGAUAAUGCUUGCUGGCUUCUUUUUCUACCGUCGCCGCCAGCGAAAGACGCAGGAGAUGACUGGGUCGUUGGAAGAUGGGAAAGAUGCCGCGUCGUCAAUUAUGCCAGAGUCGCCAAGAAGCCCCAUGGCCAAGUUCUUCACAAAAGUGCGGGGCAAAAAGAAGACUCAACGCGUAUCGACACACGAGGUUAUGGGCAGCACGGCCCAGCCUGUGGAAGUUGCGGCUGAUGCUAACCACGCAGUGUACGAGUUGCCUGCACCGAUAGGUCCGGUCGAGCUGGACGGAGACGACAGCAAGUCGGUCCAUGAGCACACCGAAUUCGGGACGGAAGACACGCAAGAUGUGAGCGCCUACGAGCUUGCGAGGAGAAAAGUGGAGGCUCAACUUCAAGGCCCUGUCCCGGCGUACUCCCCUCCAGAGAAUCCGGCCGACUUUCCGCCUGCCGAGAAGCCGAUGCAGUACACGAGCCCUGUCGCGACUUUCAGACCUGAACAGUUUGGGUUAUUGCCUGCUUCGUCCCCGGCAUCUGCCUCUUCGCCUUCGUCUCCCACAGUGUGCGAAAAUUCUUCGUCAACCCAUGGCUCCUUGCCAUCGCCAAUGAGCCCCCGCGCUGGAGAAUGGACGAACCGCCUAUCUGAUCUCCCAUCACCCCUGACAGAAGGUCCGUCGUACCCAUCACCAACCUUCACUGUCAGCAACCCUGGCAACACACUGCCUCAACCUGUGUCCCCCGAGAGUGAGGCGUUUACAGCAACCCGCGCGACCUUCUCACCUAUGCCGCCAAACGUUCCUCUGCCUGCCCUUCCUUCACCGCCUUCAUCAACUCAUCAAAGAGCACCAAUCGACCCAUCAAACAUCGUCUGCUUGGGUCCUUUGCCAGAGAACGUGUCUCUUCCAGAGCCCGAGGUGAUCCCCCCUCCGCUAGCAUACUCUCACGGGACCAACCUUGCCGUGCCUGAGGAUCUCACUGCUCAUCGCCUAUCUACCGAUACUUUGGGAAGCAACUGGACCGAGUUCGAGGAGGAGCUAAUGGCUCAGGACAACUUGACGAGACAAGUGAGCCUACCAGAUGAGGAGAGGAGUCAGCAAGCGGAAUCAACCUCUCUGCGAAGCCUACAACGCCUCGACGGCUCCGAAUUCAUCCACAUUCCCCAGAUGGCAGAGCGUCGCUACAGCUGGGAGAACUAA